AUGGCUCUGAUGGAUGAUGUUACUUCAGAAGAAUUCGCAUUACGCUGGAAUAAUUUUUCUAAUAAUUUAUCCGACGGUUUUUCGGCGCACUUAAGUAACAAAGACCUGGUUGACGUUACUCUGGCUGUUGAAGGCCGACUGUUACAGGCACACAAACUUAUUUUAUCUGUAUGUAGUCCGUACUUCCAUGAAAUAUUUAAGGCAAACCCGUGUAAGCACCCAGUCAUAAUACUCAAAGAUAUUAAAUACCAUUAUAUUGAAGCGCUGAUAAAUUUUAUGUACCAAGGAGAAGUUAAUGUCAAGCAGGACGAACUCGAGAAUUUUUUAACAGUCGCUGAAAUUCUUAAAGUCAAAGGUCUUACGUUUAAUAACGAUGUAAAAGGAUUGGACGAAUUUCCGAUUAAUGGUUACGAUAACCCGGAGAGUGAAGCUAAGAGUGUGAAACCUAAAGAGAGGAGCAAAAAAAGAGCGCAAGAUUCAACUCAACCCAGUAAAAAAGUCAAGAGGUCGCAGGAGUUACUAAAAAGUCCUUUUAAAACAGAACCUGAUAAAGAUCAAGAGGAAAAUAAUGUCGAUAAUUCUGUAGAUCAUUCCAGUGGAAUAAAUAAUGGUGAAGCUACUGAUGUAAUCAAAGAGGGUGAGGAUUCAAAUGAAGACCUACUGGCUGAUGACAUACUUGAUAACUCUACGGAACCAAAUGUUGGACCAGUGACAUACAGAUUAUCAGCCCGAGGACGUCCGCAAUUAGUUUACGAAGGGUUCGUAUAUAAUUUAACAUCCCGGUCAGAAGUAUUGAACCGAUCGCACUAUCGCUGUGCUGAGCAGCACCGCGGUUGUCGUGGCAAGUGCGCAGUAAUUUCUGAGAGAUUCAUGCCAACUGGAGUUAAAGACCACAACCAUUUACCAGGUUACCUCUCCGAGGAAGAUUAUUGCAAGAAAAAGUCUUACGAAGAUUAA